AUGCGGGAGGCGAAUUAUAAAAUGCAGAUAAAUAUUUCCAGCCGUGGGAAUUAUGAUGCUGCCCAAAGAGGGCCUGGCGGUAAAUGGGCAGCAGAAGUUAUUAGUGAUGCUAGGGAAGGUUGGCAGAGUGACGUUAGUGGCAGAGGAGCCGAAGACACACGUCAAGACCAGGAGGCAAAUGCAUGGGGCAGAAUUGGAGGAGACCCAAACCGCUACAGACCAGAGGGCCUUCCCUCGAAAUACUAAUGCAACCUGUAAUACUUUACAAUGGUUUCAUUUUUCUACCAGCUGUGCAAAACCACAAUAAAUAAAACCUUAAAUUUC